AUGUCCCGCAAAGGGGUAGGCCUUGCGGCCUUCGAUCGUUCUCGAAUAACAUCUGCCCAGUAUGCAUCUCAUGGGAACAAUCUCCGGAGCUCUCACUCUACAUCUCUCGCAACUCAACUCUCCGUAUUCCGCUCCCUUCUCCAGCAGUUCGCUCAGACUCAUGGGAAAGACAUCCGCUCGAAUCCAAGCUUCCGUGCUGAGUUCGCGAGGAUGUGCGCUGCUAUUGGGGUAGAUCCUUUAGCAAGCAGCAGUGGUGCUUCAGGGAAAGACGGUGGAAGUUUCUGGUCACAGAUGUUGGGUGGAAGUGUGAAUGAUUUCUAUUUUGAACUGGCUGUCAAGGUUGUGGAGGUCUGCGGCGCCACGAGGGAAGAGAACGGGGGACUUAUCGGUGUGAAGGAAGUUAGGGAUAGGAUUAUGAGCACGAGAAUUGAGGGAGGGGCGGAGAUAACUGAGGACGACAUCCUCCGCGCAGUCAAUACUCUCAAGCCCCUUGGAUCAUCCUACUCAACGCUCACAGUAGGAAAUAAGCUAUACAUCCGCUCCAUACCAAAAGAGCUCAACACAGAUCAAAGUGCCGUGCUUGAAGCUGCACAGCUCCUAGGUUAUGUUACUGUGUCGAUGCUCAUGGCAAAUUUGCAUUGGCCGAGAGCCAGGGCCAAGACGGCUAUUGAUGAUCUUGUUUCUGAAAGUAUGCUUUGGGUUGACAAGCAGUGCGACGAAUGGGAGUAUUGGAAUCCAGGAUUCAUGCUCGAGGUGGAAGAAGAUGCAAACGGGAGGUGA